AAAUAACAUUUGCAUUCACUCCUCACUCUCGUUUUAUUUUUAAAGAAUUGUAUUUUUUAUUUUUAAAAGAGAUUUAAUCAAACCAUUGAUUCUCUCUCUGUCUCUCUUUCAUUCUCUGCUUCUUCUUCUCCGAGCUCCGAGCAGAGAAGAAGAGAAGGUAAGUAUUAGAGUGCACUUGUGUGGCACUCUGAUUUCUUAUCCUGCGCCACUCCGGUUUCUUAUCGUGCGCUUCUCCGACUAGUUUCUAUUAGGGAUAAUAUUAUCCCACAUUAGUUUCGGUGUCUAAUGGACUCUUCUUCUUCUUCUCCAUCUCUCCAAGAAAAAAUCUCUUCUGGUUAUUUCUAGGGUUUCGUUGAUUUCGAUUUUGAGGAUUUAAUUAUUUAUCGAAAUGCUUUGGAUAACGAGAUUUUCUGGAUUUUUCUCCGCCGCGAUGGCAGUGAUCGUGUUAUCUCCGUCGCUUCAGUCAUUUCCUCCGGCGGCGGCAAUCCGUUCGUCUCCAUCACCGAUCUUCAGAAAAGCACCAGUGGUGUUCAACAACGGCGACGAAUGCCUCUCCUCCGGCGGCGUUUGCAAUCCGUCGUUGGUCCACGUGGCGAUCACGUUAGACGUAGAGUACCUGCGUGGCUCAAUCGCAGCCGUGAAUUCAAUCCUUCAGCACUCGAUUUGUCCAGAGAGCGUCUUCUUCCACUUCAUCGUCGUCUCCGAGGAAACAAACCUGUUGGAGUCGCUGGUGAGAUCGAUUUUCCCGGGAUUGAAAUUCAAUAUUUACGAUUUUGCCCCUGAGACAGUUCGUGGUUUGAUUUCUUCUUCCGUGAGACAAGCUCUUGAGCAACCUUUGAAUUACGCUAGAAAUUACUUAGCGGAUCUGCUCGAGCCUUGUGUUAGCCGUGUCAUAUACUUGGAUUCGGAUCUUGUCGUCGUCGAUGACAUCGCUAAGCUUUGGAAAACUAGUCUAGGCUCGAGGAUUAUCGGAGCUCCGGAGUAUUGUCACGCGAAUUUCACGAAAUACUUCACCGGAGGAUUCUGGUCGGAGGAGAGAUUCUCCGGGGCGUUUAGAGGGAGGAAGCCUUGUUACUUCAACACAGGUGUGAUGGUGAUAGAUCUUAAGAAAUGGAGAAGAGGUGGUUACACGAAACGUAUCGAGAAAUGGAUGGAGAUUCAGAGAACAGAGAGGAUUUACGACCUCGGCUCGCUUCCACCGUUUCUUCUUGUUUUCGCCGGUCACGUGGCUCCCAUCUCUCACCGUUGGAACCAGCAUGGACUUGGUGGUGACAAUGUUAGAGGCAGCUGUCGUGAUUUGCAUCCUGGUCCAGUGAGUUUGCUGCAUUGGUCUGGUAGUGGCAAGCCAUGGAUAAGACUCGAUUCGAAACGGCCUUGUCCGUUAGACGCAUUAUGGACGCCUUACGACUUGUAUCGACAUUCGCAUUGACGUUGCCGAGAGCUUAAUUAGGUACAAUCAUUAGCAAAAAAAGGGUCGGUGGAAGGAAAAUGAAAAGAAGAGAUGUGUGAACAAGCUUCUCUUCACCAUCCCUAUUAACACAGCUAAUUAGAGUUGCAAGAAUUGGUCUCUCUUUGUUCUUGUGUUUGGUAUCUAAAAUAUGUGUCCCACGUUCUCUUUUGUUCUUUAUAAAUAUGUCUGAAAGCAAAAGGGGACCGAUUCUUUUUUCCGGACCCCAUUGUAGAGGUGACAAUGGCUCAAGACUAUUGAUUGGCUUGAGCCAGCUGGGUUAUGUUCUAAUCACAUGUGGGUCUGAUUUUCUUUUUUGGGUUUUAAAAGUAUCUGAUUCCAUAAUGUGGGUCUACAUUUAUUUGUAGCGUCUAAUAAAACAUAAAACUAAGCCGGGGAAAAACGAAUGUAAUUUUCGUUUUCUUUUUCGGCUGAUUGUGAUUUUA